AUGUCGGCGGACGGCUCCGGCGACGGCACUGACGACGACGACGAUGCCGACGCCGCCGCCGGCCGCCGCUGUGGCUCGGCGAUGUACCUUGCGAUGUGGGCAACGGCCGGCGCGCCGCGAGCGCUCCCACUGCUCCACGUCCCACUCUUUGACGGCCUGCUCCUCUCGCCGGAGCCGGUGUACCUCGACGCACCGGGCGUCGAGCUGGCGGUGGCGGUCGACGGAAGCGUGCUAGUUGCGCGUGCACCGUGUCGCGGCGCCACCGCCCUGACGGUUGUUGUCUUUGGCCUUGGCAGCGUGCUGGGCUCGGAGCUGCCAGCGCGCGGUGCGCUCGAUCUGGCGGCAGCGGUAGCGGUGGUGAGCCACGUGGCGCCGCGCCACGUCGAGAUCGUCGUCUCGCCUACGGCGCGGAUCGUGGCCUUUGUCGCCGACGACGCCGUGAGCGUGGCGACGUGGCCGACAGCGCGCGGCGGCGUCCUCGUUGACACAGCAUGGUCGCUCACCACUGUGAUGGCGCGGGUAGCGGCGAAUGUGCCGGAUCUGCAGACGCGCACAAUGGCGCGCAGCGCCUGGCGAGUUCUCGGCUUUGACCCCGAGGCCGGCACAAUGUUCCUCGCGCUCGCGCUCGACGCCAUUGGGAGCGUUGGCGCCCGGCCGCGGCGUGUGGUGUACGUGGCGCUGCUCGCGGUCUCGGCAACGGCUCUCGCACCGCUGCAGCUGGUCCGCCACACACGCCCGGUCUCAGCCGACACGGCAGGGCUCGACCACGUGCUCGACCUCGUGCCCCGGUACCUGAAGGCCAUCGGGGCGGUGCCGGCCGAGCUCGAGCGUGCCUGUCCGGAGAUGCGGUGGUCGUCGCCCAUCCGGUCUACCCAUCCGUUGGCAUUAGCGUGA